AAGAUCCUGCCAAAUAUUUACCGACAGGCGAGGAUGCUCAGCUCUUCGCCGUUAAGAGCUAUCCUGUUCUUGCUAGUUGCUAGCCAUGUGCCUGCCAAGAAAAAUAACACGUCUACCUUAAAUCAAGAAAGGAAAAAUGUAACGAAUGAAAAACGUCAAAAUAUAGGUAAGUACACCACCUAUAAACCCACCCAUAAGCUUUUGGUAAACACCUAACACUGAGCAAAUGCCUUUUCACAGUUUAUUAUUUUGGCUUUUUUAAAAAAAAUUGACCGUGAGUGAUGCCAAAGGUGUAAUUAAAAGCAGAUACAUUGUAAACCUAUGAAUUCAUAUACUUUCAUUUUGAGCAUAUUUCAUUUUCCCUCGGUGAUAGGUUACUGUAAUUGGUUUCUUUACCUUGCGUAUUGUAAAGCAUUUUAUACACGACCCUCUGUCUCAGAAACGAAAAGUAAUCUCAUCCUACACUUUGACUGUAAUAAACUGAUUAACUGAUAGAUUGAUUGAUUGAAAGAUACAUUGAUAACUUCAGCAGAACGUUGCAUCACCCAAGAAACGUAGUUACGUAACAAAAUCGACAGUCUUUACAUAAAACAUACUGUAAUGGUGUUCAUUGCCAUACAGUUGUUACUAUGCUGCGUUAACGAUAUAGUUCUUGUUACAGCUUAUAGUUAUCCAAAUGUUGCAAUUCCCUAUGGCGCGGAUGGUCUCCCUUGCUGUCCAAUCAACACUUUUUGUACAGGUGUGCUUUGUUUUGUUUUGUUUUGUUUUUUUUUGCCUAAAAAUGAAAACUUUUCCCUUAAGUUACUGUUCUUCAUCGAAUUAUGCAUCUUCCUGACAAAUUAACGAAGCAGCUCUGAUAACUGAAUGACAUUUAAUGUUAACUGUGUAACUUUAUUUAUGAGUACCUGUAUGUGUGAGCGCGAGAUAAAUUACGCCGCCUAUACGGCGUAAUUUGUUUAUGAACCUUAUAAGUAUACAAAUCGAUGAACGACUUUCUGUUGAGGGUUACACAUACCGUCUACGAUUAUGAGCCAAGUAACUUGAACACUUAACUACUUACAUCUCAAGAAUUUCUUUUGGGCCAAAUCGGAUGCAAAUUCCCUCAAGUUUCCCUUAUUUACUCAGAGUUUUCCUUACUUAGUUUUCCUUAAACAUACUUCCUUAUUCCUUAAGAUAGCUGACAUACUUUAUUUCUCCGCAGACAAACCGCCCUGUCCACCAAGUGAGAUGCCGGAGAUAUCCAACGCCCCUCAGCUGGAUGCAGGGCUAUCAUUCAACAUGGUGCCAGGUGGUAUUCAGGAGCCAACAGCCCCACCUCAACCAGCAUCAGUGUUAUCUGUUCCAUUUCAGGAUCAACCAGCAAAGCCAACACAACCGCAAAUUCCACUACAUGCUAAACACUCUGAGAAGGAUAAGGAAAAGCUGGAAUUACAACCCAACAGAGAUCAAGUGUAUCACAUCAGAGGAAGAAGUAAGAACACAUGGAUGUUGUUAUUGCUGUGCAUGUUGUUAAGGUUUUCGACGUAAUGUUUCUAUUCAAGAUAUCUGCGAUUUGUAACACGUUUUUUUGGUUGGCCGAAAAUUAAAACAAACAUGCCAAAACUGUAUUUGCUUGACCAAACCAUUUCAUUUGUGCUGUUCGAAUUUUAACAGUACUUCUUAGCUGAUCAAGAAAAUAGUGUGGACUAAAAGAGACACAGGGCAGCCAACACUCGUUGCUUGUUCAAAAAACCAAUCGGGUCCAAACCUGCACGAGACGCCAAAAACAUACCUGUACAACUCUAAACACAAACACAUACACAAACAAUUAAACACAAUACCAACAAAGAAACUGAGACUUAAUGCACCGCAAAGAAAAUUAGCAGAAUCUGAUACACAACUAUGUGUUGCUUGAAAGCUCGUAAAAGCUUCCCGUCGUCGAAAAAAUUAGAAUAAAAUUUACUUAUCAUUUGUUCCUCUAUUCAUUUGCUUCAUUUCGUAACCCAGGUUUUAAAAGUCUCGGUUGCUGGAAGGAUACCUGGGACAGGGCUAUUCCAUUAAUGGAAAAGAAACAUGCCAUGUUGUUUGAACCUGACUACAAAAAGAGAACCAACGCGCUCAUGAAAUGUGCCGAGGCCGCACUGGACAACAGUUUUAUCAUUUUCUCUCUUCAAAAUGGAGGGCAGUGUUUCUCUGGCAAAGAUGCUGAUAAGACGUUUAUGAAAUAUGGCGUCAGUGAUUCCUGCAAAGGUGAGGAUAAAAUUUUGCUACCGAGAUAAAUAAGGUAAUCUGCGAUUAUGAUAGAUGCAACAAAAUACCCAAUUAAAUCAAAGAUCAAUUCAAAUUGAUUUAUCUCAUUCAGACCAGACUCUCAUCGCCCAGCAAUGCGGCAGUUCAGUUAUAACAGAAGAAUAUCAACUGAUACUCUCUUGGCUAUAAAUACCAGAUGACAUCAAGCGACCAUUCAAACCUCAAAAUCAUGGCACACGAGCUAAACCUAUGACAUUUUGACGUAAAAAUGAACAGGAAGAAAAAAGGGAGAAAAAGUACAAAAUUGCCUACGAGCCCUACUUUGUUAGAGGACAAUUUUUUUUUUGUCGUCAACAAUAUUUCUGCCUCGGCUUAUCUUUAUUUUCCUACUAGACAGAUCCUUAAACUCUUCUAAGGCCUUGGCUUAGCAAAUAUAAGACCUCAGCCGAGCGUCUGUUCUCAAAUAGAUCAGAAACAAAGACCGAUACCAAAACGUGCAUUAUUAGGUAAUCUGUAUACCAUCAGAAAUCCACUGAAUAAACGCUUAUGCUAGUUGAUCGAAGUGUAGAUAAAACGUAAUUCCCUUGUCGUCGCUUUACUUUCAUUGUUGUUGUUAUUACUCCAAGAGAAAAUAUUGGGGGUCUUUUUAAUUUCUGUUGAUUUCUCUUAUAAUUAUUAAUAUUAUUGUUUUUUAUUAUUAUUAUUAUUAUUAUUAUUAUUAUUGCUAUUGUCUCUAUUAUAAGUCUUUUUUGUUUUGUUUUUUUUUCCCUGCUGAUGGCAUUUAACAUUCAUUUCUUGAUGAUCACUUGUCACAAGUCUUGGUCGGUCUGCCUCUGUUGUUUUCGCUAAUUAGUAAACCUCUUCAUUUUUCUUCCUUUAGCUGAUGGAGAAGGAGGGCCUUGGGGUAAUGAAGUUUACCAGUGAGUAUUUUUUCCAUAAAGAUAUCCUCACUUGUCAGUACUAACAAGGUUAGGGAGGGAUUAAAAUGAAAACGUGUAAAUGCACAAAGAAAAGUCAUGUUUUUUUUUUUUAUGCUACUCUUUGGAUCUCGUCGAUUUACAAAAACUCUUUUUGUUGCGAUAGGUAUUUGAAUACCAACACUUCCAUUCCUAAGAAGAGCGACGAAACAGAGGGUGGUAUUUCCAAGGAAAGCAUCGCUCAAGCAAAUCCUACUCCCACAGCACCUCCGACAGCUGCAGUUACACCAGCAGUGCAUCUAACGACUUCACCCACUGCGCACAAAGCUAAAGUGAACGAUUCCUCAGAGAUCAACCCCUGGGCGGAGCUGUCGAAAGAAUCCAUCGACAGCGCGAGAAAACCAGACUUAAAGCCUUUUAAAGAUGAAGUAGAAAAAGACGCCGUUGUGGCAGAGAACGAAGCAGACAAGCAAGCUUUGCUGAAAGAAAUUCCAGCAGCGAACAAAACAGAAGCAGCUGUCGACGAAGAGAGUAACGAUGCCAUAAAUGAGGACAUUCCCUCUCAAACAGAAGUUUUCAACGUAAGCCCGCCGAGACCGAAACUUGUUACGCCGUUCAGAGGAAGAUGCCCAGUUUGCCGUGAGUACUGA